UCCUUUCUCAUACUGUUAAUCCUGUCGGUCAAUUGAGUAAUCCCAUGAGAUUCCUGCUCGUCAUUUAAUUUCAUCAGCCUUUCAGGGUGUGCUUGUAGACAUUCAGAAGGCAUCUGAAAUGAAAGUGAUCUCAUUUGUUGAACACUUGCACCUUGUUAAACGGUGUGACCUUUGCUUCUCAGUUGUCUUCACUUGCUGGUGCAUCUAAAAAUAGUUUCUCUUUAGUUGUCACAUUGGGUUGCGACCAUACUUGUCUGUUGGCAAACACUGAGUUCUAAUAAUAGUGUCUUAGAAAAUGGCAAAUACAGAAACUUAAAAAUGAUCAAUGCACUGCAAGAGACGAAAAGGCCAACUAGACUUUAUUAAUUUAAACUCGUAGAUAACUUAUGCCUUUGACGGGCACAUAAGCAGCAUUGCUGGGAAGGCAUCCAAAUGUUUGACCUGACAGAAAGACGAUACCCCCAUAGCAUAGAUUCCCAUAUAUCUCACUUGUCUUGUGACAGUGGAAGCAUGCAGAGGAUGUCACAGUAAGACAUCACUCUCCAGCAAUGCAUUAGUUUCACCACCGCAAUAAAACAAAAUUGUCCAUUACACUUACCUUUAUUUAUAUUCAUCUUUCAGUGAAGCGUUCCACCAUGAUACAUAAAUGGAUAUGCAAUUGUCUGUGGAUCUCUAUCAAUGGGCAUCACUUUCCAGGAAUUUCACAGGGUUAUCUUUGUACCCAAGGACAAAUGAGGGGACGUUCCUGUGCCCAAUGAUGCUAGGAAUCAUUUCAUCUGUCGUUCACUGACCUUGAAGCGAACUUAACCUGUGAUAACUAUGACAGUUAGCUGGCGCUGUUUGUGAGCAGCAGCUGUGACAUUUCUAACUUGAGUUUUGUUUUCAAGUUUCCAAUGAAGACCAACAUUUGAAUGUAAUAUUACAUUUUUGUUGUAUUGCUUUGAGAUACGUAACCAGUGAUUAUUUAAGCAAACAAGAAUUGUUUAGUGUUUAUACAAGUCAUAACAUGGGAAAUAGUCAUUUGGACACUGUGGAUAUUGAUGCAUUAUGAGAUCAAGAAAGACAGCAGAUGGUGAAUCUCAACAGUUACUUUAUUAGGAUUACUUACCUCUGUGGUUAUGUAGCCUGUGAUGUUUUCCAGACAAUUACAGAUGUCACAAACACAGUUUAGGUCAUGAAAGAUCUAACAUUUACAUCUAGAAUUUUGGUUUUAAUCACAUCUCUCCAAAUAUUUUCCAUUAUGGGAUCAGCAGUUGGCAGUGGUUGUAUUGCUUUGAGAUACAUAACCAGUGAUUCCAGACUCCAGUCUUCACCUAGUGGAAGGACUAGUGUAUAUGAAAAAGUAUGCUUAUCCCUCCCCACCUCAGCUGAACCAAACACAAUAGUUUGGCAUAAGUGCCAGCUUCCUUAUUUAGAUGGAUAGUCACUUUAUAAAAGAGAGGAAGGACACAAUGCUGAAACUCAACAUUGCUUAUUCAACGGUAAAAUGAUUAUGGGUCACCAUCUUUAAGUUUGACUGCAUUUUUUAUUUAUUUAUCUUUAAAUGACUCUUUUCAAGGAUGCAGGACACUUAAUUCUUGGUUGGUAACAGUUAUGACUGUGUUUUUGUAGGGCAACAACAACAACAGCAAUAUUCUGUGGAGUGUCAACUUUCAGAGGUACGCAAUGCACCAUAUAUUGAUAUUUCAUGGUGGUUCUGAUUGAUGAUGUGUGAUAUGGUUGUAGUUUAAUGCAUGUUAUUAACUGACAAAUAUGUAUGAAAGAAUUUUUUAUGAAAUUAUAUUUGUUGAGUAUAGUGAAAGAUGGGGGAUGCUGCUAUGAAGGAGUUUGGACCUGCGGCUCCGUACCUCAGGAAGUCUGAUAAGGAGCGUCUGGAGGAUCAAACUCGCCCCUUUGACAUGAAGAAAGAAUGUUUCGUCCCUGAUACUGAGGAAGAGUUUGUGAAAGGAACCAUUAUCAGUCGGGACGGGGACAAAGUCACCUGUGAGACUUCUACUGGCAAAACAGUAACUGUGAAGGAAGCUAAUAUUCAUCCUCAGAACCCGCCAAAGUUCGAUAAAAUUGAGGACAUGGCGAUGUUCACCUUCCUGCACGAGCCCGCUGUGCUGUUUAACCUCAAAGAGCGUUACGCAGCCUGGAUGAUCUACACCUACUCUGGGCUCUUCUGUGUCACUGUAAACCCCUACAAGUGGCUGCCAGUGUACAACCAGGAAGUUGUCUUAGCUUACAGAGGCAAGAAGAGGAGUGAAGCUCCUCCUCACAUCUUCUCCAUCUCUGACAAUGCCUACCAGUACAUGCUGGCAGACAGGGAAAAUCAGUCUAUUCUCAUCACUGGAGAAUCUGGUGCUGGAAAGACUGUGAACACCAAGAGGGUCAUUCAGUACUUUGCAAGUAUUGCUGCUAGUCCUACGAAGAAGGAAACCACUGAUAAGAAGGGUACUCUGGAAGAUCAAAUCAUCCAGUGUAACCCUGCUCUUGAGGCCUUUGGUAAUGCCAAGACCAUCAGAAAUGACAACUCGUCUCGCUUUGGCAAGUUUAUCCGCAUCCACUUUGGUGCAACCGGCAAACUCGCUUCUGCAGAUAUUGAGACUUAUCUUCUGGAGAAGUCUCGUGUGACUUUCCAGCUCAAGGCUGAGAGAGACUACCACAUCUUCUACCAGAUCCUGUCUCAAAAGAAACCAGAACUGUUAGAGAUGCUAUUGAUCACAGCAAACCCUUAUGAUUACGCAUACAUCUCCCAAGGAGAGACGCAAGUGGCCUCUAUUGAUGAUGCAGAAGAGCUGAUGGCUACUGAUGAAGCUUUUGAUGUUUUGGGCUUCACCCAAGAGGAGAAGAACAGCAUCUACAAGCUGACUGGUGCAGUUAUGCACUACGGCAACAUGAAGUUUAAGCUGAAGCAAAGAGAGGAACAGGCCGAGGCUGAUGGAACUGAGGAUGCUGAUAAGGUUGCAUAUCUGAUGGGCCUGAACUCUGCUGACCUCAUCAAGGCUCUGUGCCACCCAAGAGUCAAAGUCGGAAAUGAGUGGGUCACCAAGGGACAGAAUGUCCAGCAGGUGUACUAUGCCACUGGUGCUCUUUCCAAAUCGGUGUAUGAGAGGAUGUUCCUUUGGAUGGUUGUAAGAAUCAACCAAUCCCUGGACACCAAGCAGCCACGCCAGUACUUCAUUGGAGUACUGGACAUUGCUGGAUUUGAAAUCUUUGAUUUCAACACCUUUGAGCAGCUGUGCAUCAACUUCACUAAUGAGAAGUUGCAGCAGUUCUUCAACCACCACAUGUUUGUGCUGGAACAAGAGGAAUACAAGAAGGAGGGUAUUGAGUGGGUCUUCAUUGACUUUGGCAUGGACUUGCAGGCUUGUAUUGAUCUCAUUGAAAAGCCCAUGGGUAUCAUGUCCAUCCUUGAAGAGGAGUGCAUGUUCCCCAAAGCCAGUGAUGCCACAUUUAAAGCUAAGCUUUAUGACAACCACUUGGGUAAAUCAAACAACUUUCAGAAGCCCAGGAUUAUCAAAGGUAAACCAGAGGCCCAUUUCUCCCUCAUUCAUUAUGCUGGCACUGUUGACUACAACAUCAAUAACUGGCUGAUGAAGAACAAGGAUCCUCUCAAUGAGACUGUUGUGGGCCUGUAUCAGAAGUCCACCAUGAAACUGCUUUCUAUCCUGUUUGCAAACUAUGCAAGUGCUGAUUCAGCCAUCCAGGAAGGUGGAGGCAAAAGCAAAGAUCAAAAAAAGAAAAAGGGCUCCUCUUUCCAAACAGUUUCUGCUCUUCAUAGGGAGAAUCUGAACAAGCUGAUGACCAAUUUGAGGUCAACUCACCCCCACUUUGUGCGCUGCAUCAUCCCCAAUGAGACCAAGACUCCUGGCGUGAUGGAGAAUCCUCUGGUCAUGCACCAGCUGCGCUGUAACGGUGUGCUGGAGGGCAUCAGAAUCUGCAGAAAGGGCUUCCCCAACAGGAUUCUGUAUGGAGAUUUCAAGCAGAGAUAUCGUAUUUUGAAUCCUGCUGCUAUUCCAGAGGGUCAGUUCAUUGACAGCAGGAAAGGUGCUGAAAAGUUAUUGGGUUCUUUGGAUAUUGACCACAACCAGUACAAGUUUGGACAUACUAAGGUGUUUUUUAAGGCUGGUCUACUUGGUACGCUUGAAGAGAUGAGAGACGAUCGUCUUGCUCUCAUCAUCACCAAUAUUCAAGCUAGAUCACGUGGUCUUCUCUCAAGGAUUGAGUUCCAGAAGCUUGUUGAACGCAGAGAUGCAUUGCUGGUGAUCCAGUGGAAUGUACGUGCCUUCAUGGGGGUCAAGAAUUGGCCCUGGAUGAAGCUCUACUUCAAGAUCAAACCACUGCUAAGAUCCGCCGAAGCAGAGAAAGAGAUGGCGAAUAUGAAGGAAGAAUUCCUCAAGUUAAAGGAAGCUUAUGCCAAAUCUGAAGCACGCAGAAAGGAGCUUGAAGAAAAGAUGGUUUCUCUUCUCCAAGAGAAGAAUGACCUGCAACUCCAAGUCCAAGCUGAGCAAGAUAAUCUUUGCGAUGCUGAGGAGAGAUGUGAGGGUCUGAUCAAGAACAAGAUCCAGCUUGAGGCCAAAGCCAAAGAGUUGACCGAGCGACUGGAGGAUGAAGAGGAAAUGAAUGCCGAGCUGACAGCAAAGAAACGAAAGCUGGAGGAUGAAUGUUCUGAGCUCAAGAAGGACAUUGAUGAUCUCGAGCUCACUCUGGCCAAAGUGGAGAAAGAGAAACAUGCCACUGAGAACAAGGUUAAAAACCUGACAGAGGAAAUGGCAGCUUUGGAUGAAAUUAUUGCAAAGCUUACAAAAGAGAAGAAAGCUCUGCAGGAGGCUCAUCAGCAAACGCUGGAUGACCUCCAGAGUGAGGAAGACAAAGUCAACACACUCACCAAAGCCAAAGCCAAGCUGGAGCAACAAGUUGAUGAUCUUGAGGGUUCCCUGGAACAGGAAAAGAAGCUUCGGAUGGAUCUAGAGAGAGCAAAAAGGAAGCUUGAGGGAGACUUAAAGCUGACCCAAGAGAGCCUGAUGGACCUAGAAAAUGACAAACAACAGCUGGAAGAGAGGCUUAAAAAGAAAGAUUUUGAGAUCAGCCAGCUCAAUAGCAAGAUUGAAGAUGAGCAGAUCAUGGCAGCCCAGCUCCAGAAGAAACUGAAGGAGCUGCAGGCCCGUAUUGAAGAGCUUGAAGAAGAGCUGGAGGCUGAGAGAGCUGCUCGUGCCAAAGUUGAAAAGCAGAGGGCAGAUCUGUCCAGAGAACUGGAGGAGAUCAGUGAGAGGUUGGAGGAGGCUGGUGGUGCCACUUCUGCCCAGAUUGAGAUGAACAAGAAACGUGAAGCCGAGUUCCAGAAACUGCGCAGAGACCUUGAAGAGGCCACUCUGCAGCAUGAGGCCACUGCUGCUACACUGAGGAAGAAACAUGCAGACAGUGUGGCUGAUCUGGGAGAGCAGAUUGACAACCUUCAGAGAGUGAAGCAGAAGCUUGAGAAAGAGAAGAGUGAACUCAGACUGGAACUGGAUGAUGUGGUCUCAAACAUGGAACAGCUUGCCAAAGGCAAGGCAAACUUUGAGAAACUGUGCAGGACACUUGAAGACCAGAUGUCUGAAUAUAGAACAAAAUGUGAGGAGGGACAACGUAGUAUCAAUGACUUUACCAUGAAAAAAGCUAGGCUGGAAACUGAAAAUGGUGAGCAGGCUAGACAGCUUGAAGAGAAGGAUUCCUUAGUCUCUCAACUAACCAGGAGUAAACAGUCUUAUAUCCAGCAGAUUGAAGACCUCAAAAGGCAACUUGAAGAGGAAGUCAAGGCUAAGAAUGCCCUGGCCCAUGCAGUGCAGUCUGCUCGUCAUGAUGCUGAUCUGCUGAGGGAGCAGUAUGAAGAGGAGCAGGAAGCCAAAGCUGAGCUGCAGCGUAGUCUCUCCAAAGCAAACUCUGAGGUGGCUCAGUGGAGAACCAAGUAUGAAACUGAUGCCAUUCAGAGGACUGAAGAGCUGGAGGAAGCUAAGAAGAAACUUGCUCAGCGUUUGCAAGAUGCAGAAGAAGCUGUGGAAGCGGUCAAUGCUAAAUGCUCCUCUCUGGAGAAGACCAAGCACAGACUGCAGAAUGAGAUUGAAGAUCUCAUGGUUGAUGUGGAGAGAUCCAAUGCUGCUGCUGCUGCUCUGGACAAGAAGCAAAGAAACUUUGACAAGGUCCUAGCUGAAUGGAAGCAGAAAUAUGCGGAGUCUCAGAGUGAGCUGGAAAGUUCCCAGAAGGAAGCCAGAUCUCUGAGCACUGAACUAUUUAAACUGAAGAACUCUUAUGAGGAAUCUCUGGAUCAUUUGGAGACCAUGAAGAGAGAGAACAAGAACCUCCAAGAGGAGAUUGCUGAUCUCACUGAGCAAAUUGGAGAGAGUGGAAAGAACAUUCAUGAACUAGAGAAAGCUCGUAAGCAGUUGGAGCAGGAAAAGUCUGAAAUUCAAGCUGCUCUGGAGGAGGCUGAGGGCUCCCUCGAGCAUGAAGAAGGAAAGAUCCUCAGAGCCCAACUGGAGUUCAACCAGAUCAAAGCUGACAUUGAACGUAAGCUUGCUGAGAAAGAUGAGGAGAUGGAGCAGGCCAAGAGGAACCAGCAGAGAAUUGUUGAUAACCUUCAGAGCUCACUUGAGUCAGAGACUCGCAGCAGGAAUGAAGCUCUCAGACUGAAGAAGAAGAUGGAGGGAGACCUCAAUGAGAUGGAGAUUCAGCUCAGCCAGGCAAACAGACAGGCAGCAGAAGCCCAGAAACAACUCAAGAGUCUUCAAGGACAUCUCAAAGAUGCCCAACUGCAGCUGGAUGAUGCUCUUCGUGGUAAUGAUGAUCUCAAAGAGAACAUCGCCAUUGUGGAGAGACGCAACAAUCUGUUGCAGGCUGAAUUGGAUGAGUUGAGAACGCUGGUGGAACAGACUGAGAGAGGAAGGAAACUGGCUGAGCAGGAACUGCUGGACGUCAGUGAGAGGGUUCAGCUGCUGCACUCUCAGAACACCAGCCUGCUGAAUCAGAAGAAGAAGCUGGAGGGAGAUAAUUCUCAGCUUCAGACUGAGGUUGAGGAGGCCGUGCAGGAGUGCCGAAAUGCUGAGGAAAAAGCCAAGAAGGCCAUCACUGAUGCUGCCAUGAUGGCAGAAGAGCUGAAGAAGGAGCAGGACACCAGUGCUCAUCUGGAGCGCAUGAAGAAGAACAUGGAGCAGACCAUCAAGGACCUGCAGCACCGUCUGGAUGAAGCUGAACAGAUCGCCUUGAAGGGAGGCAAGAAGCAGGUCCAGAAGCUGGAAGCCAGGGUGAGAGAGCUGGAAAAUGAGGUGGAGAUAGAACAGCGAAAGGCGAGUGAGUCUGUGAAAGGAAUCCGUAAAUAUGAGAGACGCAUCAAGGAGCUCACCUACCAGACCGAGGAGGAUCGUAAGAAUCUGGCCCGUCUGCAGGAACUGGUGGACAAACUUCAGCUGAAGGUCAAGUCCUACAAGAGAACAGCUGAGGAGGCGGAGGAACAGGCAAAUUCUAAUCUGGCCAAGUUCCGAAAACUGCAGCAUGAGCUGGAUGAAGCAGAAGAAAGAGCUGAUAUUGCUGAAUCUCAAGUCAACAAACUGAGAGCCAAGGGUCGUGAUUCUGGAUCCAAGAAAGGGCAUGAUGCAGAGUGAAGCUCUCAUUUGAGUCUUUCUGAAAGACUUGCUUGGUGUGACUUCUUGACAUCAUUACCUGUAGUUCUGUAGAAUAAAGUGUGCAAAUUAAAC